AUGAGACUGUCCAUCACCGCUGUGGCGGCGAUCCUCGCCACUGGCGUCAUCGCCUCGCCAGCCAUCGAUCCCCGCGAGGCGGAAGCCGACCCGUGGUGCCGUCGCCCCGGCCAGCCCUGCAAGCGAAAUGCCUUUGCCGGACCUACCCUCGCUCCUCGCGUCGCCGAGGCCGAUCCUGACCCAUGGUGCACCCGCCCGGGCCAGCCCUGCAAGCGAUUCCCCGAGCCGACCAUGGCUCCCCGCGAGGCCGAGCCGGAGCCGCAGCCGGAGCCCGAGCCCGAGGCUGAGGCCGAGGCCGAUCCUUGGUGCCGCCGCCCCGGACAGCCCUGCAAGCGCCAGCCCGACCCGUGGUGCACUCGUCCCGGCCAGCCUUGCAAGCGUGCCGAGCCCACGCUCGUCGCCCGCGUCCCCGAGCCCGCCCCCUGGUGCACUCGCCCGGGCCAGCCCUGCAAGCGUACUGCCGCCCCCGUGGCCGACCUGGUCGCCCGCGAGCCCGUCGACAAUGUCAUUGAGACGCUGGCCAACGUGGUCCGCUCCGAGGGCGAAAUCGUCGCUCGCGACCCCGAGCCUGAGCCCUGGUGCCGCCGCCCCGGCCAGCCCUGCAAGCGUACCCCUGGCCCCGAUGUGAGCAACGCCGUCGGAGGAGCCGCCUGGAGCGCCAAGCGCGCCGUCGCCGACCUCAUCCAGCUCGUCGCCCGCUCCACCGGCAACCCCGAGCAGUACGUCCGCGAUCUCGGCAUGGAGGAGGAGGUCAAGCGCUCCCCCGAGGCCGAGGCCGACCCCUGGUGCCGCCGCCCCGGACAGCCCUGCCGCCGCUCCAUCGCCGACCUGACGGAGCUUCACGAGGCCGACAAGCGCUGGUGCAGACGCCCCGGCCAGCCCUGCCGCAAGGCCAAGCGCGUCGCCGAGGCCGUCCUCAACGCCAUCGGCGGCGAGGACCUCGCCAAGCGCGACGAGCACGGCGCCCUCGAGACCAUCCACAACUUUGCCCGCGAGGUCAUGGAGAUGUAA